AUGCAUGCAAACAGCACGGCACUACAAAACAAGGUGCCACUCUCUCAAGGAAGACAGAGAGUGAGAAGGGUACCGUACCUCCUGAGGACGUGCCUGAGCUCCCUGUUGCCACCGCCAUUGCGCAGGAAAUCGCUCGCUUCCACAGAAACUUCAAAAGCUGUCGGCCUUCACCACACGAAACGGGAUGAAUCGAUUUCCAUCGUGUAUCCUACGUAUUCAUCGUCAACCCGUGCAUAUGUCCCAUGCAUUUCUCAUGCUCAUGGGACAGGGGCCAUAGCAUCGCCAUGA